AUGUACACCACAGGUCUGAAAGGAUCUGCUUUGUCUGGGCUUCUAGAAAUAGCUAGUGAGCCAGCUGAUAAGCAUGCCUAUGAAGUGGAAGAAUCUGCUUCUCUGCAAGGACUCUCUCACAAAAGCAAGGCUAAGGGCUUUGUUACACAGCUAGUGAUUCUAAUCACUGGUGGAGAAUCCAGUCGUGAAGUUGAAUUGCCUGUCAGGAAACUGAGGAACAUUGGAAGCAUUCUCCUCUAUGUUGUUGGAACUGGUGUGCAGAAUACAGCUCAUCUUCAGCAAAGAGCCAGCAAACCUUUUGCUGAUGAUGCAAGGGGAAUGUUCACAGUGGAAAGCCUUGACGCACUGAAACCCAUCGAAAGGAAUAUUGUCAAUCAGGUCUGUCAGUCCAAAUGUCUCCCUGGCCAAGAUUGCAACAUAGAUCUUUCUAUAGCAGUUGAUGCUUCAAGGCGCAUGCAACCAGAACCCACAGUGCUCCUGAAACAGAGAUUGCAAGCAUUCCUCCCCAGACUUUUACUCCAGAUGAAAUCAUUACCAAAUACCAGCUGUAAAGCUCCAGUCAACAUUAGAUUCAAGUUUCAAGUAUUGACACAGACCAAACAAUUAAUCUUUGACUCUGGUUUUGAAGACUACAAUGAAGAGAUCAUCCAGAAGUUCUUAGAUGCACAGGCCACUGUGGAUACCUACCUGAAUACAGAUUUCUUGCAGGCACUUGAGGAGAAGUUCUUUAAUGUGACCUCUGCUGAAGUUAAGGUUCUAUUAGUAUUUUCAGAUGGGCUGGAUGAUUCGCUGGAAGAUCUCAGGAAAGCAUCUGACUCACUUCGCUUUAAAGGUCUUGAUGCACUCCUAUUAGUUGGCCUGGACAAUACACAGAACUUGACUGAAUUUUGGGAGAUAGAGUUUGGCAGAGGGUUUGGAUACAACGAACCUCUGAGUGUUGGGUUUGCAGAGAUUGCAAGCAUCUUGCAGAGAAACCUUGAUACUGUUGCAGAAAGGAAAUGUUGUAAGGUUAUUUGUAAAUGCCUUGGAGAAAAUGGUGAUCAUGGUGUCCGGGGAAGUCCAGGAAGGAAGGGAAAUACGGGUUACAGAGGAUCUCCUGGCCAUCCUGGUGAGGAAGGUGGGGUUGGGGGCAGAGGCUACAGAGGAAAUCAGGGUGAAUAUGGUGAGAGUGGAUUUGAUGGCACUGAUGGAGAGCAGGGCAGAAAAGGCCCUAGAGGAGAACCAGGUGAACGAGGAGAAUCUGGUCUAAGAGGAGAUUAUGGAGAUCCUGGGGCUGACAAUAGUGUUAGUGGUCCUAAAGGUGAAAAAGGAAGCCUAGCACCGCAGGGAGAUCCAGGCCCACGUGGACUCCAAGGAGAGCAGGGUGAUGCUGGCCCUGAUGGUGCAGCAGGUCGAAGAGGCCCUCCAGGUAUAAAGGUACCAGCAGAAAAAAAUAGUCCAAGUAACAGGAUUACUGAGGGUAACAGGACAAAACUGGAGUCUCUGAAAAUGGAAUUGUGCCUUGUUGUUGUUGCACUAAAGCACAAGAAUGCUGAUGAGGGUGAGCAAGGAGAUCUGGGAGAAGCAGGUUACCUGGGCGAGACUGGAAUUCCAGGCCCACAGGGCCCAACAGGACCACAAGGGACCAGAGGACCUCCAGGACCACAAGGCAUGCCAGGCCCUCUGGGUAGUCUGGGACCCCCAGGUUCACCUGGCUCUGUUGGAAAGUUAGGUGCAAGAGGAGCAAAGGGUGAGCCUGGUGACCCUGGAGAGAAGGGCCCAGUCGGACCACCUGGACAGAGAGGCAUGCCUGGCAUGGAUGGCAGAGAUGCCUAUGGUCCUGAAGGAAGCAAAGGAGCAAAGGGAGAAUCUGGAUUCAUAGGAUAUCCUGGCCCAGAGGGAGAAGAUGGAGACCCAGGCAUUCCAGGAGCUGAAGGACCCAAAGGAACUAGGGGUAGAAGAGGUAAUGCUGGCACACCAGGUUCCCUGGGAGAUCCAGGAGAUCAAGGGCCAUCAGGACCUAUGGGUGCCAAGGGACAAAUGGGCACCAUUUUAAUGGAACCUUGUGAACUUGUGAAUUUUACAAGAAAAAACUGCCCUUGCUCAUCAGGUAAGUCCACAUGUCCAGCUUACCCAACUGAAGUGGUGUUUGCCUUCGAUAUGUCUGAUGAUGUUACACCAGCUGCAUUUGAAAGGAUGAGAAACAUUGUCAUGUUGUUGCUGAGGACCAUUAGGAUCAGUGAAAGCAAUUGCCCAACAGGCGCUCGUGUCUCCAUUGUUUCUUUCAACACCAAUAUGCGCUAUCUCAUCCGAUUCUCAGAAUUCCAAAAAAGCAACUUGCUGCAACAAGCAGUCCAGAGAAUACCUCUGGAGAGAUCCACUGGAAAGCGAAAUAUUGGGGCAGCCAUGAGAUUUGUUGCAAGAAAUGUCUUCAAACGUGUUCGUCAUGGCAUCCUCACAAGAAAAGUAGCCCUAUUUUUUGCCAAUGGUCCAUCGCAGGAUGAUGUUGCCAUCAGCACAGCUGUGCUUGAGUUGAGUGCCUUGGAUAUCACUCCAGUGGUUAUUGCCUUCAGCGAAGUGCCAAAUGUCAGACGUGCCUUCUCAAUUGAUGACACUAGAAGAUUUCGAUUAUUUGUUUGGGAAAGACAACAGGAUGAAAAUUUGGAGGGCAUCACAUAUUGUACACUUUGCUUUGAUAAAUGCAAACCAAGAACCAACUGCGAGGUGCCCAUUUUUCCCCCAGUUGUGAUGGAUAUGGAUAUCACUUACAUCAUGGACAGCUCUCACAGUGUCAGCAGUGAAGAGUUUCAGAGAGCCAAAGACUUUGUGAACAACAUGCUAGAUCAGUUUGUUGUUUCCUUACAGCCAAACGAAUCAUACGGAGGCAUCAGAGUGGCACUGGUGCAGCAAGCUCCUAGGGGCUUCCUGCCUGGCAGAAACCAGACACCUGUGGCCUUGGAGUUUGAUCUAGUUACAUACAGCAGCAAAGAUUUGAUGAAGAAACACAUCCAAGAGUCUGUUCAUCAACUGGAAGGACCAUCAGCCAUUGCUUCUGCUCUACAGUGGACAGUUGAAAAUGUAUUCUUUAAAGCCCCCAGACAAAGGAAACACAGGGUCAUAUUUACAAUAGUUGGAAGCAAAACAAGCACGUGGGACAGAGAGAGGCUGAAAGAGAUUUCACUCGGAGCCAAGUGCCAAGGAUUCACUUUGUUCACUCUUGCGCUUGGCAGUGAUGUGAGUGACAGUGAGCUGAUGGAGCUGCCAAGUUCCCCCACAGAGCAGCACUUACUGACACUGGGCAGGGUUUCGACAGCGGAGAUGGUGUACGCUCAGAGGUUUAGCCGGGCAUUUCUAAAUCUUCUACAGCAAGAAAUGAACAGUUAUCCUUCACCUGAACUUCAAGAAGAGUGUGAAAACUUAGAUCGGGGAGACAUACAACAGCAAGUGUCUAUAACUGAAAGGAUGCCUUUUCCUGGAAUGGCUGAACUUGGUUCCAGCUAUGGUUUGGAAGACACUGAAAAAACUGAAAGUAGAGUCAUGAAGAGUAUUAAAGAGAACACCAAAGAACUUGUAUACACAAUGCCAGAAAUGAGAUAUGAUUAUGAGGAGAAGAAUGAAUAUGUCACAGAGGGAGCUGCUGCGGGAGAAAAGCCACAAGAGUGUGGAGAAGCUCAGGAGGAGAACAAGGAAAACUUAGAUGCAACAGUAGAAACUAGAACUGCCUGUAAUGAUUAUGAUGUAUGUGACCUUGUUCAAGAUAGUGGAGAAUGUCAGAAUUACAUUUUGAAGUGGUACUACGACAAAGAGCAGAAAAUGUGUGGUCAGUUCUGGUAUGGGGGCUGUGGAGGCAAUAGAAAUAGAUUUGAAACACAAGAAGAAUGUGGAUUCUUGUGUAUAGAGUCUUCCUAGUGCAGAGACACUUAAGUUACUUUAAUUCUUCAGUUAGACUAUCAGGGUGAUGCGGAAAAGGGAUUCAAAGAGAAGGCUUUACACAGCCACUUGGCUCCCAUGUUUCAGUUGAAAGACAUACUUGAUUAUAACGUUAUUACCUGGUAACUUAAUUGUGAAAAUUAAAAUUUAAGCUAUUACUCCAUUGAUCUCAUAUAACAUGCUGAGUACGGAGAAAUUUGUUAGCCAACAAUGUAUUGUUUAAAAGGCAUGAAAGUAUUGAAUUUUGACUUUCUUCCAUAAAUACCAAAAUGUGCACUUUCCAAAUAUACUCCAUAAAAUAAAACAAUACCUCAGAGAUUUUCCUGAAAUAACUUUGGACGCAAGACACUAAUGUCAGAAUGUUUUGAUGUGUUUGCUUACAUUUAUCCUGUUUAUAGAAAAUACCAAAAAGCAUUUAGAUCUCAAAUGACAGACUUCCUAGGACUUAUUUCACUCUGAUUUAAAGGAUUUUCUACCACAGAGUCAUUCUUGGUUUCUUAAUUAUUUUUUUCCUGAAUAAUCCAACAUGCGAAU